AUGAUGUUGCUCUGCUACUUGUUUUACCUCUGUUUUGUGCUCCAAGUGGCUGGGGAAGAUUCAGUUGAGCUUGUGAGGCUGCAUGAUCAUCACUCAAUCCCAGUGUCUCCGCAAGUUUUAUCUCACACAGCUGUUCUGGUGCCAAAUGGUCAUCUCCACCAUAUCUCCCGGAGUGUUCUUGUCGCUGAAAGCUGGACAAGGGCAAAUGUUCUGGCUCACUAUCCAGGGAUCAACAUUACCACCAUUGUUGCUGCUCACAAUCUUCUCUGUGAUAAAGGCCAAGAGAAGACCUGCAGUUUGGUUUUACCCUCCUUGAGGAACAUUCACCACACUCUCACUAGAUGGGGCUUGCAUAAGGAGAUUAAAGUGUCUGCAUCUUUCUCUUCCGCUUGUUUGCUCCCAAAUUCUGGAAAGUUUAGACCUGAACUAGCAGAGUUGCACAUUAAGCCCAUCCUAAGCUUCUUGCAAGACAGCAAAUCACCUUAUUUGGUGAACCCAUCUUCAAAUUUGCCCACAUUGUCUGAGGAUGACUUGAUUUUGCUCAAAAGCCACUCAGAUGCCCUAGAAGAUCUAGGCUUUUCCAACCUUAACAUUAACCAAAUGAUCAUCAAGGAUGCAAAACAACCAAAACUCGGACGUAGAAAACUCUCAUCUUUUCAGGAGAACAAGAUUGUAGACCCAAUUCCAGUAAGGCCAACUCCAUUAUCCCCAAUUAGUCCACCUGGCAUUGGUUCCUCUGCCCCAGCUGGAAGCCCACUUCCUCCAUGGCUUGGAACUGUUUCACCUCCACCUCAAAGUCACCCAGUGACUCCUCCAGCCUAUCCUCCUUAUGGCUUUCAUUUGCCUCCUUGUACUCCAUCCGGCGGUCACGGCGGCGGUGCGGUGGCUGCACCAAGUGCGCAUCCCAGGGGGCUCUGGUGUGUGGCCAAACCAAGUGUGCCACCUGAGGCUUUACAAGAAGCUCUAGACUAUGCAUGUGGACAAGGUGGUGCAGAUUGUGCAGCCAUUAAGCCUCGUGGAAGUUGCUACUAUCCUAAUACCAUUGUUGCCCACGCUUCAUUUGCUUUCAAUAGUUACUGGCAGAAGAACAAAGGGAAUGGUGGUACUUGUGGAUUUCAAGGAACUGCAAUGCUUAUAGACUCGGACCCCAGGAAACUGACGGAUCAGGUUUAUUUUUCUGCAGGUUAUGGUCGUUGCCGAUUCACUCUGGGGUAG